UGGAUUGGCGAAAGGCAGAGGAACAUGAUGACCGAGUAGAAGGGACCAGCCUAUGCUUGAGAAUGCUAAUGACAGUUAUUGUUGAGGCUGUAAGGAGAAACAUUAAGCGGCUGAAGAGCGGGGGAAGACCCAAGAGGGCUUAUGUAACAAGCAGGAAGCAAGAGUGCGAGCAUUAUACUUUAGAAGUCAUACUUCAGACAGCAAACCUAGAGGUUUACUUCUGACUGAAAUUCUGGGCUUGCUGGAAAGACUUCAAGAGGGCGUCGUGAUAGGCGAUGGGGGUUUUGUGAUAGCCCUCGAGAAGAGAGGAUACGUCACUGGCGGCCCCUGGACACCAGAAGCUGUCCUUGAGAACCCAGAGGCAGUUCGGCAGCUACACCGAGAGUUUUUAAGAGCAGGAAGUGACGUCAUGCAGACAUUCACGUUCUAUUCCACAGACGAUAAACUUAAUUUGGGAGGAAAUCAAGCUGGACGCGAUUUCACAUGUUCCCAGAUCAACGAAGCAGCCUGUCACAUCGCCCGCGAAGUGGCCAGUGAGGGAGAUGCCCUGGUGGCCGGAGGGGUCACCCAGUGCCCGUCCUAUACCCAGGGCAAGGCAAAAGAAGCUAUCCAGAGACAAGUCAGGGAACAAGUAGAAGCCUUCAUCGCUAAUAAAAUUGAUUUUAUUAUCUGCGAGUUCUUCAUGCACGUGGAGGAGAUGGAAUGGGUCAUCGAGGAAGUGAAGAAAUCAGGGAUGCCUGUGGCGGCCACUAUGUGCAUCGGGAUCGCUGGAGAUCACUCAGGAGUUUCAGCAGGGGAAUGCGCCGUCAGGAUGGCCAAGGCUGGAGCAGAUGUCGUUGGUGUGAACUGCCUGUAUGACCCUCACAUGACCUUGGACACCAUGAAGCUGAUGAAGACAGCACUGGACGAAGCUGGUCUGAAGCCCUUCCUCAUGACACAACCCAACGGAUUCUACACCACGGGAACGGGCAAAGAAGGGUAUCUGUCCUGCCCGGAAUAUCCAUUUGCCAUGGAACCUCGAGUCAUCACCCGCUUCGACGUCCACAAGUACGCCCGAGAGGCCUACGACUUGGGCGUCAGGUACAUUGGAGGGUGUUGUGGAUUCGAGGCCUACCACAUCCGCGCUAUUGCAGAGGAACUUGCCGAAGAGCGAGGGAAGCUGCCUCCCGCCAGCGCUAAACAUAAGCCCUGGGGCGGAUUCAAUCAGCUAAGCUCUUAUUCGUUCAUUAGGGAAAGGACAGGGCGAGACUACUGGGAGCCUCUCGUACCAAAUUCAGGCCGGCCGAAGCCACCCACUUAUGAGCUGAAUACCAAACCCAUGUCCUAGGUGAGAACCCCGCGAAUAAGGAACCAGCUCUGGUGGUGAAAUCCCUAAAUUUCUAGGGAUUCUUUUCCUAAGGUAUAAAGUGUGAAACCCUAAAGUUCAAGUCAUGAUCAAAAUAUAUUCUCAGGUGUUACCGUUAAGGGGAAGGAUGAAUCUUGACAUCUACCUCAUUUUCCUAAGAAUAAUAUCCAACAGCAAUUCUUUUUCGCGAUGCUAAGUCAGAGACAAACGAACAGUGUAUAGAUGGUUAUAAAUAAUCAGUUCGUGCCAUAUUCACUGCGCAACAAGCAACAUCUUUCCUUAUUGCAAAGGAGCGAGAGAAUUUGUACAACCCAAGCGGCAAUGAAGGCGUCAUUCCCUUAUAUACAAUCGUAACUCACUUUAGAGAUGAAAUAAAGUUAUUGAUUUCA